CAGCGGCUAAAGUUGUGUCACUCAGAAUGGAGGAAGUCCCGCCCGCCCCCGGCAACGGAAGUCCGGUCCUCCGCGUCUUCAGGUUUCCUCGUGUCUUCCACCGCCGGCAUGGCGCACUACAACUUCAAGAAGAUUACGGUGGUGCCGUCUGCCAAGGACUUUAUUGAUCUGACAUUAUCGAAGACUCAAAGAAAGACUCCAACAGUUAUUCACAAACAUUAUCAAAUUCACCGAAUUCGACAUUUUUAUAUGAGAAAAGUCAAAUUUACUCAACAGAAUUACCAUGACAGACUGUCACAGAUUUUGACAGAUUUCCCCAAAUUGGAUGAUAUCCAUCCAUUUUACGCUGACUUGAUGAAUAUUCUCUAUGACAAAGAUCAUUACAAGUUGGCUCUAGGUCAAAUAAAUAUUGCCAAAAAUUUGGUGGACAAUGUUGCUAAAGAUUAUGUGCGGCUUAUGAAAUACGGUGAUUCUCUGUACCGCUGCAAGCAGCUGAAGCGCGCUGCCCUUGGGCGCAUGUGUACUAUUAUCAAGAGACAGAAACAGAGUUUGGAGUAUUUGGAACAAGUACGUCAACAUUUAUCCCGCUUGCCAACCAUUGAUCCAAAUACAAGGACUCUGCUUUUGUGUGGGUAUCCAAAUGUUGGGAAAUCCAGCUUCAUCAAUAAGGUGACAAGAGCAGAUGUGGAUGUUCAGCCCUAUGCAUUUACCACCAAAUCUCUGUUUGUUGGGCACAUGGAUUAUAAGUACUUGCGCUGGCAGGUUGUAGAUACCCCAGGGAUUUUGGAUCAUCCUUUGGAGGAUCGGAACACCAUUGAAAUGCAAGCUAUCACAGCCCUGGCCCACCUCCGAGCUGCAGUUCUGUAUGUGAUGGAUUUGUCUGAGCAGUGUGGACAUGGGUUGAAGGAGCAAUUAGAACUCUUCCAGAAUAUCAGACCUCUGUUUAUCAACAAGCCUCUUAUUGUUGUAGCAAACAAAUGUGAUGUGAAGAGAAUAACUGAGCUUUCUGAAGAAGAUCAGAAAAUAUUUACCGACUUGCAGGCUGAAGGAUUCCCUGUCAUCGAGACCAGCACCCUGACUGAGGAAGGUGUCAUUCAGGUUAAAACAGAGGCUUGUGAUAGGCUUUUGGCUCAUCGAGUCGAAACAAAAAUGAAAGGAAAUAAAGUGAAUGAGGUUCUGAACAGAUUGCAUUUAGCUGUGCCAAACAAGAGAGAUGAUAAGGAGCGACCCCCUUUCAUCCCAGAAGGAGUGGUAGCUCGAAGGAAAAGAAUGGAGAUUGUAGAGCCCAGGAAGAAGAGGGAACGAGAUCUUGAGCUGGAAAUGGGAGAUGAUUAUAUUUUGGAUCUUCAGAAAUACUGGGACUUAAUGAAUUCAUCCGAGAAAUAUGAUAAGAUACCAGAGAUCUGGGAAGGCCAUAAUGUUGCUGAUUAUAUCGAUCCUGCUAUCAUGAAGAAAUUGGAAGAGUUAGAAAAAGAAGAAGAGCUAAGAACAGCUGCUGGGGAGUAUGACAGUGACUCUGAAAGUGAAGAUGAGGAAAUGAUGGAAAUCCGACAGCUGGCAAAACAAAUUAGAGAAAAAAAGAAGUUGAAAAUUCUACAGUCCAAAGAAAAGAAUACACAGGGACCCAGGAUGCCCCGAACUGCUAAGAAGGUUCAACGGGCAGACUUGGAGAAUGAGAUGCGUAGUCUUGGUGUUGACAUGGAUGAUAAAGACAAUGCCCACUAUGCAGUCCAGGCAAGAAGAUCUCGGAGCGUCACUAGGAAAAGAAAACGAGAAGAAUCUGUUCCACCCUCUUCUAUAGCCCGGAGUCGGAGUUGUUCUCGAACUCCACGUGAUGUUUCUGGUCUUCGGGAUGUCAAGAUGGUGAAGAAAGCCAAGACUAUGAUGAAGAAAGCCCAGAAGAAGAUGAAUCGCUUGGGGAAGAAAGGGGAAGCAGAUAGGCAUGUGUUUGAUAUGAAGCCCAAGCACUUGCUCUCUGGGAAGAGGAAAGCUGGUAAAAAGGACAGGAGAUAGUGUUCUCUUCAGUUGGUGUGCUUUGACUGGACUCUUACUGUUUAUUUCUGGGUAUGGUAUGAUGCCCUUUAUAUAACUUGGAAUCACCAUCUGUUAACUUGGAAGAGACAAUGGAAAUGACUUAAAAAUACUUGUUGCUUUGCUGAAAACUGAUAAACCUGAUUAGGCAUGCCGAGUUGUGCUCACUGCAUAAUACAGAUGUCUAAGUACAGAGCAUUCUGUUCUUAAUGAUGUGAUAGUUUCACAGCUGCAGGACUAAUUUUGUUGGAAAGUUUUAUUGGUGGCUGGGCAGUGGUGGUACAUGUCUUUAAUCCCAGCACUUGGAAGGCAGGGGCAGGUAGAUCUCUUGAAUUCGAAACCAGUCCGAGCUACAGAGCAGGUUCCAGAACAGCCAGCUCUACACAUAGAAACCCUUUUUCAAAAAGCAAAAAAAAAAAAAAAAAAAAGUAAAGAUUUAUUGGUAUAAGUAGGCUGCUUUUGGUGGAGAAAAACUUUAUUUUGUAGUGGAACAUGGCUUUGUUAUCCAAAGUACGUAUUUUUUGUGAAGAAAACAUCCCCAUUGGGAAGUAUAACCUUUCUAAGGACCUGGGUACAGGCACAUUUAGGAGUGUGUCAGAACUUAAAUUACUCUCUUAAAUUAUUUUCCAGACCUUCAGUACAAUGUAUCAUUGUAAUUUCAACCAUUUUAUUCAAAAUAAACCUCCAGCAAAAAUGUAGUUUUGAUUACUUAAGUAUUGUUUGAUUUAAUUACAAGUUGCUAUGGUGGCCAAAGACAAAAAGAUAGAACUUUGCAAAAAUACUUUUUCAGGGAAAUAAAUGCCUGGAUUAUUGCAACAAUUAAA